AUGCCCACAUCCCGAUGUUCAAAGCUUCUCGUAGGUUCUACAUCGAUCCGACAAAAUGUGGAAAUUCUGCGAGCAGUUUCAGUCCAUUCCGAUACUUUCAUCGACGUCGGCUCAGGAAUCGGUCAGCUGGUUACGUUUGCUGCAGCAUAUUCAAAGUGCGCACAUGCUAAUGGAACAUUUUGGACGAAAUCAUCCUCCAUCAAGAUGAAGCUCAAAAGAGCUAGAGCAGUGAGAGAAGCCAAGAAUACGGAAAGCUACACGUUCGAUUCAAGAAAAGACGCUAACUUCACCGAAAUGAUGUCAUCUGUCCGAGCCAUUCAAAACUUUAUCCACGGAGAAAUCAAUACCGCCCAAACUCAAAUCAAAAGUCAACUGGAAGUCAAUGUUUGUGGACCAAAGGAAAUGAGCAACAAGGAGAUGCAGAAGAGAAGAUUGUGCCGAAUUCCUAUCCAUAUUUACGAUCAAGAUGUCAAAGAUGGAAAAACAUAUGAUCGCAUUCGAAUUGCUUACGAGGACAUCUGGCGCGAGUUUAUGGGAUACGAUGCACCAAGGACUGUUGGGGAGACAAAUGUGGAGAAAGUGAGAAAUGAGGAAGAAUAUAUGGAAGUUGAUGAAGAAGAAGAAACACCUGAAAUCGCUCCACCACCUCGUCAAAUGGAAGUGUCACUUGGAAACACGGGAGAUGCUGACAUCGAUGAAAUGAUUGCGGAAAUUUAUGGACCUCAAAUAAUUACCGAAAUGAACGAUGACAAUGAUGGUGGAUAUACAAGAGAUUUGAUAACAUAUUACACAAGAGCAAGAGCCUGUGACACGGACUGUCCUAAGAUGGACAUUGAGUGA